ACAGUACCACUAAAAUAAAGCUGAAUAUGCUUAUGUCUGCUCUUACAUCAUCAAUUUACGAUGUACGAGUAUCUUUAUUUGGCUUCAAUCAACAUGUAUUAGAAAAUGACCAGUGUUGAAACCAUAGGGUAACCACCUGAAGUAUAACAAAAAUAUUCUCUGAUCUUUCAGCUAAUAUUUUAACAAUGCCUGUUCUCACAGCACAGCCACAUAUAGUGAUGUUUCCUUUCAUGGCACAGGGCCAUAUGAUCCCUAUGAUUGACAUUGCGCGACUAUUGGCACAGCGGGGAGUUAUAAUAACAAUCCUAACUACACACUUAAAUGCCACCAGAUUCAACACGGUUAUCUCUCGUGCAAUAGAGGCAGGACUAAAAAUUCAGGUUGUUCACCUCUAUUUUCCGAGCUUAGAGGCUGGACUACCCCAAGGGUGUGAAAAUUUCGACAUGCUACCAUCUAUGGAUUUUGGGUUGAAAUUCUUCGAUGCUACGAAGAGACUUCAACCUCAAGUGGAAGAAAUGUUGCAAGACCUUAAACCUUCACCAAGUUGCAUAAUAUCUGACAUGUGUUUUCCAUGGACAACUAGUGUUGCACAAAGAUUUAACAUCCCUAGGAUUGUUUUUCAUGGGAUGUGUUGCUUCUCUUUGUUGUGCUUACACAAUUUGAGAGAUUGGAAGGAGUUAGAGAAGAUAGAGUCUGAUACAGAGUACUUUCAAGUGCCUGGAUUAUUUGACAAGAUUGAACUAAACAAAGGUCAGCUUGGAAAUAUUGCCAAGCCACGAAAUUCAGAUUGGAAAGAAGUAUGGUACCAAGCGAAGAAAGCAGAAGAAGAAGCUUAUGGGAUAGUGGUGAAUAGCUUCGAGGAGUUGGAACAAGAAUAUGUCAAGGGAUUGAAGAAUGCCAAAGACAAGAAAAUUUGGACCAUUGGUCCUGUUUCAUUAUGCAACAAAGAGAAACAAGACAAAUUUGAAAGAGGGAACAAGGCUUCAAUUGAUGAAUACAAGUGCCUAAAAUGGCUAGACACUUGGGAACAAGACUCUGUACUCUUUGUCUGUCUCGGGAGCCUAUCGCGCCUUUCGACGUCUCAAAUGAUAGAGCUUGGGCUCGGGUUAGAAUCCUCAAAACGACCCUUCAUUUGGGUUGUUAGGCACAUGUCAGAUGAGUUCCGAAAAUGGCUAGUGGAAGAAGAUUUUGAGGAAACAGUUAAGGAAAAAGGACUUUUAAUCCGCGGUUGGGCGCCACAAGUACUAAUACUAUCUCACCCUUCAAUCGGAGGAUUCUUGACGCACUGUGGAUGGAAUUCAAGUCUGGAAGGAAUAUCGGCUGGUGUGCCGAUGAUCACUUGGCCUAUGUUUGCGGAGCAGUUCUGCAAUGAGAGGCUAAUAGUAAAUAUACUAAAGACAGGAGUGAGGGCUGGCAUAGAGAAUCAAGUGAUGUUUGGGGAGGAAGAAAAAUUGGAUACCCAAGUAAGUAGAGAUGAUAUUAAAAUGGUCAUUGAAGUAGUAAUGGGUGAAGAUAUGGAGGCUCAAAUGAGAAGAAAAAGAGCUAAAGAACUAGGAGAAAUGGCAAGAAUGGCUAUGGAGGAAAAAGGCUCCUCUCACUUCAACUCUAUACAACUGAUUCAAGAUGUCACAGAGCAAGCAAAGUUUUUAAAAUCUAUCUAGGAUUACAAAGGUUGAUUUUGGAUAUAGUGUUAUGUAUACCAUAUAGUUCAAAUAUAGUUUGAACAACAACGUCAUAUUGAGUAAAUUUCAGUUAUUUUAACGUGUUUUUACUUUAAUGUGACA